AUGGCAGAAAAAAAGGAGCAACUCACACAAAUGCUCAACACAUCGACAAAAACGUUUCAAAAAGUGUUGAUGGAGUCGACACAUGCUAUCAAAAUCGUAAGAAAUUUUUAUCUAUUUUCUGGAAAUCUCGAUAUUCAAAUUUCCAGGCGCGCCACACCGGAAUGAAGAUAGAAAAUCACGAAAUGGACGCAAUAAUGGCUCAAAUGUCGGAAAAGGCGGUGAAAAAGGUGCAGAAACGGUUGAAUGUGCUCGUGGACGAAAAUAGAAUCUGCGAACGGUUCGAGGAGUUGGAGCAGUUGCGAAAAGAGUCCGAAGAGCUGAAUCGGAAGCUCGGAAAGCCCGUCGGAUACCAUUUUAUCAAGGUAAGCAAGUUUAUUAUAAAUUUGGUCACAUUUUCUAUUCUUUAAUCGUAUAUUUGAAACUUUUGCAGCCCUCCCGAGACGUCGGCCUACACAUUUCUGAAACGAGCGAACGAAUUCUGAGUGCGGCGGACGCGGAAAUUCAAAAACUGAAGGCGGAGCUCGAGGCGGAGGAAAAAGAGCUUGAAUCGCGGAACGCCGUCUUCUCCGAACUCGUCGCCGUCGUCGAAUCGCAGCAGAAAACUCUCUGGCAAUAA